GUGUGGGAGGUAAGGCGGUGAAACAAUUUAAGAAAAGUUGUAGCACGUGUUUUUUAGUUUAUUUUCCCAUUCCCUCUGGUGGAUUUUUAUUUCGUAAUUUCUCUUGCCAUGCAAACCGCAAUUGGGUUGUUUUUCAGUAGAGAGAAAUGGAUUUGAUCUUCACGUUAGAAAUAUGAACUAAUUGGAUAUCAGUCGAUUUUAUCAUGGCGCUCUUAAUGGAACUUUGGGAAUGCAACAUGGAAAUGUCUCGUAAUGAAGGUAGGGAAGAAUCUUAUCAUGUGAGUGAAUCCGACUUUACUCCAGCAUGGAUGGGACCGGAUAACGCAUUGGCUGUUCAAAUACAGCAGAAUGUUAUUGAGGGGACAACAUCCAGUCCAAAUCUUGAUGUAAUUACAUCCAAUCCAGAUCUUCAAUGGUUUCUGCAGUCGUCUCUACUCUCCCAGUCAGAGACCACCUCAUUUUCCUCAUGCAUGCCCAACUGCCCAACCUGUUUAUCUCAGUGCUCCAGUCCUGACCAGUCUUGUUUAGGAGUAGCAGAGGACAGGACAGUAGGACACACCGAUAAGCAUAUGUCCUCUGAAGAACUUAAAAGAAUUAGCAUCCGCAGGGAAAGAAACAGAGUAGCAGCUGCCAGAUGCCGCGAUCGUCGUCGUGUGCUCAUAGAUACCUUACAGACUGAGACAGAUCAUUUGGAACAAGUGAAGACAAAAUUAGAGGAAGAGAUUGCUGCACUUGAAAGGGAGAGAGAAAGGCUAGAGUUGGUAUUUGAGGCACAUAUGCCCAUCUGCAAGUUGAAUGACCCAAACCCAGAAUAAGCAAUAAUGCUAAUGUUUGUUUACUGCUGUGUCUGCUGGUUCAGAGCAGCUCUGUAUAAUUUAACUAAUAGUCCUAUAUAUUCAUUCAAGAAAUGUUAAAGUACCUUGAGAAUCAUUAUUAUGCAUGCACAAUUAGUUUUACAUGAUUUAAUUAUAAACCACAGAUUCAAAUGAUUUUUUUCAAAUAUAUUUUUCCAGGGGUAACAUGCAGGGCUGGAAAUGACUGGGUGAACUAGUUGGGGACAUUUUUUGUAUUUUUAAACCAUAGAUGCCACUUUAUGUAUGUAAUAUGCAUAGCGCUUGGAUAAAAGAACCUCUACAUUCUGAGGUGGAACUCCAUCCCUCUUGAAUUUAGUCCCUAGACUCUGUCCCCCCGCAACCCCCUCAUUUCCAGCCCUGGUAACAAGUAAAUCUAUCUCAUGCCUUUGUGCCCUUUCACUUUUAUGAAUGCCUUUUCAUAUAAAUCUUGAAUAGAAACUAAAACUUGCUCCUGCGAUUGAAGUGCAUUUUAAAAACGUUUGCAUUCCGUUUUGGGAAACUGUUUUUCUGUAAUGCAGAAAUUGUAAUGUUUGAAGAAUUUUCUAUUUUGCCCAAAUAGU